GCGGGGCGGGAAGGGGCCGGGCAUGGACGGCUCGGAAGCCGAGGGGGCUGGGCUGGACGGAGGCGGAGGAACCGGUGUCGGCCGCCGCCGCUGCCGCCGCUGCUCCAGCCUGUUCCGCGAGGCCCGCGCCGGCGCCGCCUCGGCCAUGAUGAUCCACGGCUUCCAGAGCAGCCACCAGGACUUCUCCUUCGGGCCCUGGAAGCUGACGGCGGCCAAAACCCACAUCAUGAAGUCAGCAGAUGUGGAGAAGUUAGCCGAUGAAUUACAUAUGCCAUCUCUGCCUGAAAUGAUGUUUGGAGACAACGUUUUAAGAAUCCAGCACGGCUCUGGCUUUGGGAUUGAGUUCAACGCUACGGAUGCCUUAAGAUGUGUAAACAACUAUCAAGGAAUGCUUAAAGUAGCCUGUGCCGAAGAGUGGCAGGAAAGCAGGACGGAGGGCGAACACUCCAAGGAAGUUAUUAAACCAUACGAUUGGACCUACACAACGGAUUAUAAGGGAACGUUACUUGGAGAAUCACUUAAGUUAAAGGUCGUACCUACAACAGACCAUAUAGAUACGGAGAAACUGAAAGCCAGAGAACAGAUUAAGUUUUUUGAAGAAGUUCUCCUGUUUGAGGAUGAACUUCAUGAUCAUGGAGUUUCAAGCCUGAGUGUGAAAAUUAGAGUAAUGCCUUCUAGUUUUUUCCUGCUGUUGCGAUUUUUCUUGAGAAUCGAUGGAGUGCUUAUCAGAAUGAAUGACACAAGACUUUACCAUGAGGCGGACAAGACCUACAUGUUACGAGAAUAUACAUCACGAGAGAGCAAAAUUGCUAAUUUAAUGCACGUUUCACCUUCCCUCUUCACGGAACCCAACGAAAUAUCACAGUAUUUACCAAUAAAGGAGGCAGUUUGUGAGAAGCUACUGUUCCCGGAAAGAAUUGAUCCUAAGCCUGCAGACUCACCAGAAAGUACACCUGUGGACUAGAAUGUGCCACACAACGUCUACUCACCAUGGAAUCUGACUGGAGACCUUAGCUCCUUGGAGGGGGUAUUUUUAUUAUGAGAAUUAACCGCCUUGUCUAUGUGCAGAUUUUCUGUAGCCUUAAAGGAAAAAAAAAAAAAAGUAAAUACAGGAUUGUUGCAGGCAGGUUCCACUCAACUGCUACUUGUAUUGUCUAUCUGCAGAGUCCUAUUCCAGAUUUAUAUUUUCUGGAGCCAAAUUUGGAUUUCUAAAUUGUUACAAAGUAGGAUCUCACGAGUCUCGAUGUGUAUAUGUCUCGUGAGCAGUGGGCAUAAUCCACAUCCGUCACGGAACACUGUCUUCUCCCAGGAGGAGGUUCGUGGAAAUCACAGAACCGCAGCACCUUGUGACUUUCACGGGAUUCCUGACCGCGCAUGUUGAUGUACUAGCUCUUUACUUUGGGCUUUUUGAUGUUUAUUCGUACUUCUGGAGAGUCGUGAGUUGCCUUUUAGGAAAAUCAGUGUCAGACUUUCAUGAUCUUUACCCACAGAUUAAAAAAAAAUAUCUCCCCUCUAUGUUUAAAUUGACUUUUGACGUCUUAGAGAAGAUUUCAGACCCAGAACUGAGUAACCUAGGGUUUCGGCGAACUAGGGUGUUCUGUCCGUGGAAACACGUGAGCGAGGUGUGCCUCUCCCAGGCAGGCUCCCAGAGCUGUCCCUCCUCCAUCCGUAGGUGCUUUUUCUUAUGUGUGGUUCUACUUGUACUUGACGUUUUUUACUUCCUUUUCCAUGCAACCGUGGAAUGAAUAAAUCCAUUGAAUAUUGAAUUUGUAUUACCGUCUAGCUAAUUUUGUUAGCUAAAUUUUGUCAGAAGUGAUUUUGGUAUUUGUUUGCUUUCUGCAUCACCUGCAGGGUAUAGGAAAUCGGGAUUUUGUUGGCUUCAAGAAAAUACAUGGCAUGUUCACUGUAUAUUAAAUAUACCUGUAUUUAAUGUUUUCUCUUAGGACAGAAAAGUGUAUAUAUUGUACUCAGCUUUCUGUUGUAUUUUAUUUGCCAUGCAGAUUUGAACAGAAUAAACUCUUUAUUCAUACAAGAUACAAGAAAUGAAAACUCCAUAUUCAUUCGUUGAAGUUUCGGGGCAACGUCAUUAUAUACGUGCUGACCUUGAAUCAGAUGUCUUUGUCUCUGAGUCAGGGUUAGGUUACUUAUUUUGAGACUCCAUUGUUGAAAAUUGUGAGGAAUGAAAAGAAUUGACUUUUUUUUUUUUUUUUUUUUUUUUUUUUUUAAACAGAGGGUGGAAAGCUGAUAGGAUGAGGGCACUUCUGGAAGCUCCUUUAGUUCAUCCCUGUGGACAGUACCCAGAAAAACCUGUAUUUGCCCAUUGCUAAAUAAGACGUAUGCCAUUUUAUAUUUAUUUGUUCCAAGUGUCUUUUUGUAAGAAAAGAAUAAACAAUAAGGAAUUACUGA